AUGGCCCUGCUUCGACCCAGAGAAAGAGUCAUAAUUAGCGCGAUAAGGAGAGAAAGCAGAAUAAAAUAUAAAGCUAAACGUAUGCACAAACGUUUUCGUUCGUGGGCACAGCAAAGAGUUCGAGAAUACUGGCUACCUAUGAAUGUAUGUUUAACAAGUAAUGUUGAUUUAUUAGAUGGACAAUAUUUGUCUGCAUGUAUUCAGAAGGCAGCAACAUUAAGAAAACAUGAUUAUGAAUUAUGGAAUGGAUAUAGUAAACGAGUAUUAGAAAUAAGUGAGACAUUAACACCUCAACAAAUAGGUUAUAUAUUUUAUGGAAUGGGCAAAAGUAAAUUUUUAAAUACAUCAUUUUAUUUUAAUUUUUUAAAAUGUAUACAAAAUAAUUUAGAUGAUUUUUAUAGCCAUCCAUUAAUGUGUAUUGCAUGGAGUCUUAAUAGAUUAUUAAUAAGAGAUGAAAAUUUUUUUAAAGAAUUUUGUAAAACAGUUAUAAAUAAAUUUGAUGAUAUAAGAACAAAAGAUUUAAUAAAAAUAAAUCAUUGUAUAGCUAAAUUAGGUAUAUAUGAUAAUAAUUAUAAAACAUUUAUAAAUAAAAAUAUUAUUACAAAAUUAGAAUCUAUAUUUGCUCAAGAUUUUAGAAAUGUAAUAAAUGAUGUUACUUUAAUUAAUUUAUAUGAUGAUGAAGUUAAAAAAUAUAUUCUUACAAGAUUUACAAAUAUGUUUAUAUGUUCAAGACCUCAACAUUAUAGACAUGCAUAUAAAUCAGCUGUAGCUGUUAGAGUUAUAUCUCCACAUGUAUGGAAUAAUUUAUCAAAUAAAGUAAGAAGCUUUUAUGUUAGAUUAAGUAUGAGACGAAUACCACAAACAAAUAGAACCCCUUCAUCAUUUCAAUGGGAAGUAUCUGAUUGUCUAUCCAAAUUAGGAAUAAGUCAUCGAAAUACUUUUUUAUGGGGUUGUUAUUAUAUUGAUAUAGGAGAAACAAAUGAAAAAAGAAAUUGUUGGUUUAUUGAUGGACCUUCUUGUUUUUAUACAUCUACAAAUAAAUAUACUGAAUGUGUUAAAUUACAACACAGAAUUUUAUAUGACCUAGGAUGGAAUAUAAGACGUGUCGUUUGGAUCGACUGGAUUAAAUUCGGAGAUGACAUACAUCAAAAAAUUCAAUAUAUUAAAAUGUUAAGACAAAAACAACCAUUAGAUAAAAUUUUAACACACACACCUUCCAUAUCAUCACAACAAAUUAAUGAAUAUCUCAAAAUAUUAAAACAAUAUAAAUUAAAAAAAGAAAAUAAUAAUCAACAAAUUAAAAUUGAUAUAUGA